AUGGCUGAACUUAGUGCAUAUCUUAUUUUUGUGGCUUUUUCAAUAGUACUUGGUUCUUUUCAAUGUGGAUAUCAUAUGGGCGAAAUGAACAUUCCACAAAGAAUUAUAUCUUGUGAACCAAACCCUUCCGAUGACUCAUCAACUUCUAUUAAUGACUACACUUUACCAAGUUGCAUACCAAUGACACAAACACAAUAUUCUUUAGUUACUUCUAUAUUUAAUUUGGGAGGUUUAUUGGGAUCUCUUAUGGCUUCACGCAUUGCCGAUAAUAAAGGAAGAAGAUGGGCUUUAUUAGUAAACUGUGUAUUUUUCGCAGUUGGACCUACAGUAAUGGGUUUUGCAAAAAAUUAUGGUGAAUUGAUUUUUGGAAGAGUUUUAGUUGGUAUUGGAAGCGGUGUGGUUCUUGUGGUAGUACCUAUGUAUCUUAUUGAAAUAUCACCAAUAGAUUAUCGUGGCGUUUUUGGCGUAACAAAUCAAUUGGGACUUGUACUUGGAAUACUGUUUUCACAAAUUCAAGGGCUCUACCUUUCUAGUGUUCCUGGUUGGCGUGUUAUAUUUUUAAGUGCAACAGCAAUUUCUAUCAUUCAAUUUGUAUUUCUUCAAUUUGCAGUAGAAUCUCCACGUUAUCUUUUGUCUAAACCUGCUGGUUACAACUCUGCGAAAAAAACAUUACAAUUACUAAGAGGUGAUCUUGAUGUCAAUGAGGAGAUUCAAGGAUGGAAACAGGUAGACACUGAAGAAGAAACUGCUUCACUAAAUGAAAAUGUACCACAAGUAGUUUUUCAUGCUCAUAAUCCAAAUGAGAAUUUUAGCAUUUAUAAAUUUAUAACCAGUGUGCAUUAUCGUCCAGCUUUAUAUGUGGUAUUGCUUUUACUACUUACGCAACAAUUUUCUGGAAUUAAUGCAGUUAUUUUUUACUCAACUGAAAUACUUGCUAAAAUCUUUCCAACUUCAAGCAGAGCCAUCACUGUAUUUAUAAGUAUAGUUAAUACAAUAAUGACCUUGGUUUCAGCAGCAUUAAUAGAAAAAUCUGGUCGAAGAAAAUUAUUAUUAUAUUCAAUUUCAUCAAUGAGCUUGAGUAGUACGGUAUUGGCUUUAAGCAUAAAUCAUAAUUGGGGUUUUUUAGCUGCAUUUUCUAUUGUUGCAUUUGUAGCAUCUUUUGCUGUCGGUCUUGGACCUAUACCAUUUUUAAUUAUACCAGAAAUUGUUGAUACUACUGCAGCAGCAACAGCUUCAAGUCUUGGAUUAUCAUUGAAUUGGAUGGCAAAUUUUUUUGUUGGGUUUACCUUUUUGAUUGUUAGGGAAAUUUUAGGUGGCAGUGUUUUUUUCAUUUUCACAAUCUAUUUGUUGUUUGCUUUCUAUUUAACAAGAUUACUUGUGCCUGAAACUAAAGGAAAAACGGUCGAAGAAGUUUGGUUUGGUUGGAUUGAAAGAAUGUAA